CAGUUGGGUGGGUGUGCGAGUCAAACUCACGUACUUUCACGCCCCGAGGUUAAGUUCGAAGUUCUCGGUAUUUCGCAUGAGUACAUUUAAAUGUUAGAAUCCAUGGAUUGUACAAAUGAUGCUUCAUCGCAGCCUACCUUAUAUGAUAUACUUGGUUGCCCACAAGACUCAUCAACAGAAAAGUUGAAGGAAGCUUAUCAUUCUUUGAUCUUAAAGCAUCACCCAGAUAAAAAUUCAGAUACAGACACUUCAACAUUCCACAACAUUCAACGAGCGUGGGAUAUUCUCAGCAAUCCUGAGCAGCGUAAAGAAUAUGAUAUAAAAAUAGCACAGGCUGAUUUUGAUUCUGAAAGUGUUCUUAUUUUUGCUAAGAUAAACUCAACGGAACUAGAACCUACUGAAGAUAGCGAAAUACUUUCAUAUCCUUGUCGUUGUGGAAGUAAUUACCAGGUACAUAUAGAUGAUUUGCUAGAGAAAAAUUGUGUAUUACAUAUUCCUUGCGAAGACUGUACUUUUGUUAUAAUUGUUGAUACGUAA